UAAAAGUUGUCCGGGAGGUUGUAAGGGAAUGAUUCUAAUAUGGAUGUGUACAAAAUGGCACAAAGACUUCAGAUAAAGAAUAAGGAGUUCAAAAGUCCAAAUCAUUCAUUAAGAAGUCCCAGCACAAGCCCCAACUUCAAAAAUAUUGUACUUGAUGAAGAAAAAGCUCCACCAUUACUCAACAAUUUUUCAAUUUGCAAGCAGGCAAAAUUAUUUGUUGCAAAUCGUGGGAGUGGUUCUGUUGAAAAUAACCUUGAUGGCUAUGAUCACAAAAUAAUUUCAUUAAAUGUGACUGGAGGGGGAGUGAAAGCUCCUCCAGAAAAUUCUCUGCAGUUUGUCACCCAGUUCCCACCUUCCCAAUCUCCAGUGUCAAAGCUCAGUAGUCCAGAAGGGAAUUUCAAAAUCAUGAAUACUUCAUCUUCUACAAAGAAAAUAAGUCCUGUGAGUUUCCAAUAA